AUGUUGUCCCGUUUGAAGAGCUGCAAGAGCUUUCGUGUUGCUGGUGCCGCCUCCCCCCCGGCAGCACGGCCGGCCAGGAAGCCCGAGAACCAGCCUCCCCCACGCACCAUACCGCUGCCCCGACUGGACCUGCCCACGUGUGUGUCACUGAGGGGAGGCGAGAAGGACUCGAAUGACCUCGGUGUCGAUGCCAUCAAACGAUUGCAAUGCCUGGGGGUUGACCUCUGGUACGAAAUUAUCCCAGCUCUCGCAUGCCCCACGAGUGUUCGGUGGGUGCUGUUGUUGCGUGUAUGUGGUUCAGUUCGUUCCGGUCUUUGCUGGAGCUUCGAGAUGAGAUUGAGAGGCUGACGCUGCUCAGAAACGCAUACAAGCUGCAGCACGGCAUCCCUGUCAGCGGCACCACGACCACAGAUGAUGCGGCUUCUCGCCCCUUGUGCAGGCCCCAGCGGCACUGCAAGGGCUCUAUCCAGACCAUUGGCGCGUACUUCGGCUACCAGCUGAGCAACAUGGUGCAGCGGCUCAACUACGUGCUCAACGACGAGCAGAAUGUGGCAUUGGUGGAGCUGGGUGGGCGGAGGCGGAAGCCCGUGCUCCCGUCGCUCGCCACAGGGGUUGGGGCAGACGUCGACACAGAGCAGGGGAUGGCCGACGAGUUUAUGGCGGCGAGUGAUGCCAUUGAGGAGAUGCUCGACGUCGCUGACAACGCGCUUUGUAAGUGUGGGACACAUGCGCGAAUUGAGCCAUGACAUCGUUUCUCCGUCUGUAUUUGUUGUAUGUGUGUUUGUGGUCUGUGCAACAGGUGCUUUGCUGGGUUUGGAGAGCGGGAGGCGGAUGACCAUGCGGAUGUCCGGUGCACCAGUCCCCACAAGACGGUGUGAGCCAUGA